AUGCCUCUCGAGUCGCCGCUCGCGAAUCCAAACCCGCCAGUGGCCCGACCUCGCUCCAUACUCUCCUACAUAUCCAACCCUUUGGGGAAGCAUGCGCGGAACCUGUUUGAGAUCGCCAUUGAGCCCGAAGACCCCUUCCGCGUGUAUUCGCAGGGUCAGGUUGUCAGGGGCAAUGUGGUUCUCACCGUCUUGAAGGGAUUCGAUAUUACGCACCUGGUUGUGGCUCUAUAUGGAUAUGCGAAAGUUUAUAAGCACCAAAUACCUCCCGGCGAAGGGCUUCCAGCGCCUGAGGGCCUGGUAAAUGGCAAGGGUUCGAGAGGGGUUCAAUAUCAUGGCAACGGUCUGACGUCGUUAUUCCAGCAUGAGCAGGUUCUUUGUGGGAAUGGCUUUCUCAAGAAACAGGUCUACAAGUUCGCGUUUGAGAUACCUUUUCCUUCGAGAGGCCUCCCCAGCACGAUUGAUUUCGAGCGAGGAACGAUCUCCUAUUUGAUUACUGCCACUCUCACCCGCCCAACAACAAUAAGCCCGGUGACCAGUCGAAGCACCAAAAUUAAAUUCCAAGACGCGGUCGAUAUCGAGAAUAUGUACACACCGAAGUCGCGAGUAAUCACCUUGGAGCCUGUCUCCAAGCGCGGCAAGGUGAAAGUCGUCAAACCAGCGUCGUCCUUGACCACCCAGACGACAUCAAGUCCCGGUGCUGGUCGCCUCAGCCGCAAUAAUACGCAAAACAGCACCACCAGCCGAAGCACUCAUUCUAUAAGCAACCCCCCGCUGAGCCCCGCGCUGAGCGAAGAUACAGUACAGACCAACGCUACGCCGGCCAGUAGCCCCAGCUUCCAGAUCGCCGACGACGUAUCACCUCCGCAAAAUCCAAGUCCGCAGAAUAGUGAUGCACGAAGUAAUACGACGUCUUCUUCUGCCAAUACCAUUACCGCCACCGCCGAGCUGCCCCGGCACGGCGCAUUACCAGGAGAUACCAUCCCAAUCCGGGUGUCGAUAUCACACACCAAGGCAGAUGUGCGAGGGAUGGUGAUUGCGACGUUAUACCGGCAGUGCAGAAUUGACAUGCACCCUCCGCUACCCCUCCCGAAUAGGUCCGGAAAGGACAAGAAGAUGGAAUACGAAGACGUAUAUCCGAAGUCCCGGACCGGUCUUGGAGGAUUGUACUUUUCAGCUGCUUCACCCAACAGUGUUUUCCGAAAGGACCUGGCCCAAACGUCCACCAUGAUGAUCGUCAACCCGACAACAAUGACUGCGGACAUAACGACCUCAAUCAAAGUUCCCGAUAAUGCGUUUCCAACCAUCACGAAUGUCCCGGGCGAUAUGAUUUCCUUCACUUACCACGUCGAAGUGGUGGUCGAUCUAUUUGGAAAGCUCGGCGAGACUCGCUUGUGGCCACGACUCACUUCCAGCGAGCCGACAUUUUCUCAGAGUUCUGAUCCUGGUAAUCAAAUCACUUCAGAAUGGGCUCUCCAUAUAUUGGACACAGCCCCACUACGCCGGACCAAAAGUGUCGUCGCGUUCGAAAUGUCGCUUGUGGUUGGAACCCAGGACAGCAGUCGGAAAAGGAGACAGAACAAGCAAGCGGAGCAUCAACAUCCUGGAGAAACGACUCAAGAAGCGGAUCAAGGCUGGCAGGACUGGCAAUAUUAUAAUGAGGCCUACGACGGACAGUAUUAUGACGAAGCGGGGUAUCCUUAUUACGAUGGUUAUGGAUAUGACUAUGGUUAUGAUCAGAACUCCCAACCAAACUAUCCUACUCCAGCACCCGAGAUGAUACCUCCCCCUGCGCCGGAAGAAGUGGUGGAUGAGAAAACACGGUUACGGAGACAAGAACAACUGUUGUUCCCAAGCGCACCCCCGCAGGAAGGGGAAAGCUCCAAUAACCCUGUGCCGUAUGCACCAACUGCCCCGGAUUUGUCAUCUGCUCCUUCACCGCAUACGAUUGAGGACCAGAACGACGGCAGUAUGACACCCUCCACACUGCACGCUGCUAGUUCAGUCGCCUCAGCAAGGUCUGGGGACACCAUCCGACCCUACUCAACAUCUCCACCUCCCCCCGGUCCUUCCUCGAGUAAUGGGGGACAUGCCGAUGACAAGCAGGAGUUGGAACGACGUCGACUUCUAGCACAGACGAGUGAGCCGCCAUUGGAGCAUGAGUCGCACACUCUAGAAACCGCCGGCCCCUUUCUAACACCUACGGCGCCCCUGAUGGACGACGAGUACAAUGUACAAAUACUGAAUCAUGAUCCAAGAGGCCCCGAUUUACCGCAAUACGAGCGUUGA